UCCCAUCCGAGCUUGGGGUGGAGGCCGCGGACGCCCGUCCCUAUUUAAAGGACCCGACUCCAGAGGAGGUUAUGCAGUCUUCAUCCGCUUCAUCAUCAUACACAACCCACUAUCAACUUAGACUAAUGGCUGUCAAAGAUCUCGCCGAAAGCACCAUCAACGACAACACCAUCGCUUUCUUCUCCAAGAGUUGGUGUCCUUAUUGCAAGGCCGCCAAAGCCCUCUUCAAAGAAAAAUAUCCCGAUACUCAGAUUAAGAUUGUUGAGUUAGACGAGACUGAAGGAGGUGACGACCUUCAGAGUUACUUGGCUGAUAAAACAGGCCAGAGGAGCGUUCCAAACGUUUUCAUUAACAAGAAGCACGUCGGUGGCAACGACAAGAUUCAAGCUUUGCAGAAACAGGGCGAGCUCAUCAAACUGAUCAACCCCAAAGCGUGAGCUUCGAAUUCGGGCACCCUCAAGAUAAACUGAGGCGGGUUUCGGGUUUCACUUAGGUUGUCGACUGUUAAGCUGUAACUGAAGUCAGAUGUACUCUUAUCUGUACAAUUAGAGUAAGGUUUAUAAUCGCAUUAAGAAUCGGGACUCCGGAUCUUGAGACCCAGUGAAAAUCGACAAUAUUCUGGGGAAUUCACACCUAUUCGGUACCAUGUAUUAUGGCAGAUGAAUUAUUUGCAACUAGUGCUCCAUAAUGCGCCC